CACCAUGGGCAGUAGCGGGUAUCGGUGGCGGGUGCUGCGUCAGUCCGGAGAGGAGGGACGCAGGCACCUCGGACCGUUACCCUCUCCGACUCUGCUGCUGCUGCUGCUGGGAUGCUGCUCUCUAGCGAUCCUCACAGGAUCAGCAAAUGGUGCGAAUCAGCCGACCCUGUGUGAACGAAAUAUUUGCAAAAAUAAUGGUAAAUGUUACCUCAUGGAAACCAGUAUACCGUAUGACUGGCCACCACCUAUUACGACUACGUCGACUUAUCCAACCAGCACGAUGCAAACUACUACACCAACACCUAAUGCACCGACAGAUCCACCCACCUCGACAGAGCCAACCACGACAGAGGCACCAACCACGACACAGGCACCAACCACGACACAGGCACCAACCUCGACAGAGCCGAGCACGACAGAGCGAAGCACGACAGAGCCAACCACGUCCACGACAACACCAACCACGUCAGAGUCAACAACUUUCACAUCGACUGAGGCAAUGACGAGCACUUCUGACGAACCUUUCCCAUACUCUUCAUCGCCGUCUUAUUUCUCGGGAAUUAGAAGGCGCCGCAGGAGCCGCCGGCGUCGCUCAGCCCCCACGUCCACCCAUUCGUCGGACGGAAGCAUCCUCAAGAUUAUCCGCGGUCUCCUGACACCGAAGGUAUGGGAGCUGGAUGCGGGUGCAACAGACUAUUCCUACGAAGAUGACGAUGACGAAUUGGUGUAUGAGAGCGACGGCGAGAGCAUGAUGGCGGAGGCUCGACCUUUGAUCAUGCCGCCGAUGGUCUCGCAGCAGGCGGCGGGCCAGAGCUGUUACUGCGGCCAGGGAUAUGACGGCGAAAACUGCGCCGGCACCGAAGGUAACGAACAAGAAUACACGCUUUGUCGGGACCAGAAACUCGGAGGACAAGGCAACCAGCUUAUCCUGGAUUUCGCCAUGCUGGGUCUGCUGCCGUGGGAUAUCAUCGAUCCUCAGGAGGGCUGCCCCUCCCCCGACGUAAAGCCCCCGGAUGACUCGGACGGGUGCCUGGUGCCCUCCGGUGCGGCAACACUUCGCUAUUGGUGCCAGGGUAAAACCGAGUGCAAGCCGAGUAUCGCCUUUCUCAAGGACCUCGGCCCGGACUCGUGCUUAUUCGCCGAGGGCGACUCGCUGCCGAUGUGGCUGUACCUGCGGUACCGGGAGGACACCACCCACAGCGUCACCGAGUGCCGACAGGACGGCACCUACGACCCGUCCACUCGCACCUGUUACACAGUGACCAGCUUACCGGGCGGCUGGCACGACCAGCGCGCCGCGUGUCGCCGACAGGGCGGCGAGAUGUUCUGGGACGUGCACAGCUCCGUGUUCGCCACCUUCCUCAGUCAACUAGUCGCUGACACCGGCAGGAAUAUCACCGAGCUGUGGGCGAUGGGCGAGUCGCUUUCGGAGGCACGUCCGGUGUUGAACCUCACCUCUGAGGCGUACCCGGCCAACGUGGACUCCUGUGUGUCGCUGACUGAGCCAUCCUGUUCGCGGUCGGCCAACAAACACACUGUGUGCGCGCUGCCGCCCUGGCCCAGCCAGGUCAUUCCCAACUGCCCGGAGGUCACAUUCGAGCAGUUCGACCUGACGUUUCCCGAGACGAAGCCCGGGAAAACGGUGAGCCAGCCGUGUGGCGCCGGCUACACGGGCUCUGCCAGCUACAUGUGCGGCGUGGACGGACAGUGGAGCUCGCAGUACCCCGACCUCUCGUGA